AUGUCGUCGGUUAUGUCCGGGCCUGGUCCUGGUCCUGGUCGUUGCUCAUCUUCGUCUUCUGCGUCUGGUUAUGUGGCGUUGGAGGGUCAGCAGGAUGAUGGGCCUAUUAUAGAUCGUUACGGAUUCGAGUGGGAUGACGAAGAUUUCUUCAAGAAGAAAGGGGAGACUGGUGUGGAGCCCCCGUCAGGCAGAGAGCGAUUAGGUAGAGAUAGGCUCGGGUUGACGUCAGGACAAAAUGUGGCAGGACAAAAUGUGUCGCGGCGUGGCAGUGCUGAUGGACGAGGGAGUAUGGUGCAGGGCCCGGAGGCGCAGACGGGCACAGUGUUUCAACCGCCGUGGCAGUUGAGUGAGCGGUUGGAACGAUUUUUCGUAAUGGAAGUUGCUUGGGGAGCACGUCAGGCGGUUGAAGUGAGUGUUGGUGACAUCCUUAAGAAGGUACGGAGUCACAAGUGGCAUGUGCAACGAGGGUUUGCUGGUGGUCGGUCGCGUGUGCCAGAGAUUACAUAUCGUGACCUGACUCAAUUAUUUAGCGAAUCAGCCUUGGUCCCGGCCUUUGAAAUCCGACAGAACUGUAUCGUUAUGUGUCUCCCGCCGCUUACCUGUAUCGUUCUUCAUGACCGUGUUAUUCUACACGUAAACAAGUUCAUGGACCCUGACACACUUCUGCUCAAACUCGAACACCUUACCGCAGCCUAUAGCAAACGCGCCGAUGAUAUUCGACAAUACUUUCUACGCGAGCAUAAACACCGACGUUCGCGAUUGACUGCUCCCCAUCCUUCCGCACACGUGUUUGCACACCAUCGUUCUAUGUUACUCUCCGGCAGCUGUACCGGAGAGGGCUUAACUGGACCUCAACCUACAGUCGGAGCACCAAUAGUUGGAGCCGUGAGUCUCGAUGGCAUGGUCCCGACCCUCGGCAGCAGUCAUCGACUCGGCAGCUUUCAGAACUUCCCGAGCUACAACUUAGGUGGUACUGGCAACUUAGGUGGUACUGGCAACUUAGGUGGUACUGGCAACUUAGGUGGUACUGGCAACUUAGGUGGUACUGGCAACCAAGGUGGUGGCCAUCAUGUUGGUAAUUUGGCGGUGGGUAACUUGCAGUCUGUGUCGUCGUUUGCACAGAUGUCAUCUCAGCAGCUGGCUUCCUGGCAGGGCAUUCCAAAGUACGUCUUGUUCCCGUUGGAGUUUGCAUUGCUCGAGGUUCUGAUAUCGUACGCGUUUGCGGAGUUUAGUAAGAGCGUAAAUUCUAGGUAUGCGGAGAUAUCUGCGUUGGUGGAUAAGUACUACGUAAAAUCGUAUGACCGGAAACUGAUUGACCAGCUAACCCGGGCUAAGGGGUCAUUAAGCCACAUUAGUGAGAAUGUCCAGGGGUUGAAAACUGCGUUCAAUACACUUUUGAACACACCCGAGGACCUGGCCAUGAUGGAGCUGACCAAGCUAUUCUACCUGCCCCAGUUAUACUACCGGCCUCAGCGUCGUAAUUGCCAGUCCUGUGGCUAUGACGAUUAUGACGACUACGCUUGCAGGGAAAGUGGCAUGGCGUGCGACCUCGGCUGUGGUGGCCAAGGUAACUGUGGUGGCCAAGGUAACUGUGGUGGCCAAAGUAACUGUGGUGGCCAAGGUGGCUGCUCCCAAGGCGGUUGUUCAUACCAGAUGGAAGACGCAAUCAAUCCGAACCUGGAGAUCCUGAUGGAAUUCUUUACUCAGGAAAUCGGUCAAAUUGCGAAAAAGGUGAAAAAGAUGAACAGCAUCAUUGUCGACGCCGAAAAGCACAUCACCUUCACCAUGGGGUUCCGACGGAACGAACUCCACAAGUGGGACAUUGGGUGCAAUGUAGCCACCGUUUCCCUUGGUAUCGGCAGCGUCGUAUCCGGUCUACUGGGAAUGAACGUUCCCAACCACCAAGAAGAAAACCAAAUUGCGUUCGCAGGCUAUGUGAUCUCCGUUGGACUCACAGCUCUCUGUGGAUUUGCACUCGCUUUUUGGGUCGCUUUCAAAACCACCAACUGA